AGCCUUCCAGGCCCUGCCUCCAAUUGCGGCCUGAUCCCCUUCUUUGGAGGCUGCUUCCCCAACAGCAGAGGGGAGGGGAGAAGAGAAAGAGAUACCGGGGCCGGCUGCAGCCCAUCCCGAGCCCCCUCCUGAUUGGGCCUCCUCCCUGCAAGGGCUGAGAGAGCAGCAAGGGAGGGGAGGAGGCGAGGAGGCGGAGGCGGCGGGAGGCGAAGGAGCGAACCGAGCCCCGCGCAAGGCCUCCCUCCCAUUGGCUGCCCUUCUCUUUGUGUGCCAGGCAGCUGCGAGCCUCAGCUCCACAUUUGAAUGUAUAGAGGGGCUUGGAAAGGAACCAUUUCCAUGGGCCAUCUGUCUUACCCUAGCCCGCAGCAGGAGCAGCCGCCUCUCCAGACAGCAGCCCUGCCGCCCCCGACGAGGAGGACCGUCGCCGCCAUCGAGGGCUAGUGCCAGCCCAAGAGGACCCCCGCAGCUGACCAGGAUGGUCUUGGUGCACGUCGGCUAUCUUGUUCUUCCAGUGUUUGGCUCUGUGCGAAACAGAGGCGCUCCUUUUCAAAGGUCUCAGCAUCCUCAUGCUACCUCCUGCCGGCACUUCCACCUGGGCCCCCAGCCUCAGAUUUCCGCAGACUUCCCCCUGCCUCACGCCGUCCAGCCUCACGUGGCAACCGCUCACCAGCACAGUGGUCCACUGCACCCGCCCCUGCCGCCUCUGCCUGCCCUGCCGUUCCAAGAAGUGACGGGACCCUCCUUCCUACCUCAGGCCCUUCACCAGCAAUACCUUCUCCAGCAGCAGCUCCUCGAGGCCCAGCACCGCAGACUUGUGCCUCAUCCCAGGCGGACGCAGGAGCGCAUGUCUGUCCAACCUCAUCGAUUACAUCCAAGCUUUGAAUUUGGCCAUCAACUGCAGACUCCUCAACCCAUGGGCCCCCAACCCAGAUAUUUAGCUGAAGGAACAGACUGGGAUCUCAGUGUUGAUGCUGGCCUAGCUCCCAACCAGUUCCAGGUCAGGCCAGUUCCUCCCCAUUAUCAGCAUUACUUAGCUACACAAAGAAUGCAUCAUUUCCCUCGGAACACAUCAUCAACACAGAUGGUUGUCCAUGAAAUUAGAAAUUACCCAUAUCCUCAGCUUCAGCUGCUUGCUCUUCAGGGACUGAAUCCAAACAGACACACGUCCGCUGUGAGGGAAAGUUACGAAGAGCUUUUGCAACUGGAAGACAGACUGGGAAGUGUGAACAGGGGGGCUGUGCAAAACACCAUUGAACGGUUCACUUUCCCACACAAGUACAAGAAGAGAAGACCGCAGGGAAUCAAAGCAGUGAAGGAAGAUGAGGAAGAGUCGGACACGGAUGAGAAAUGCACAAUCUGCCUCUCGAUGCUCGAAGAUGGCGAGGACGUGAGGCGUUUACCUUGUAUGCAUCUGUUUCACCAAGUGUGUGUGGACCAGUGGCUUGCGACCAGCAAGAAAUGCCCCAUCUGCCGAGUGGACAUUGAAACACAACUUGGAUCCGACAGCUGAGGGGAGAGCCAACUUUGGGGAUCUGUCCUCUUUUUCUUUUUUGUUCUUCGUGUUUCUGAGGGCGCAGGGCCCUUGCAGCAAAAUGUUUGCCUUUCUGAGCCAUUUGAUUUCGUUUUUUGAAGAAAGCCUGCAAGCACAUUCGCAGAUUAUUUAAAAAAAAAAUGAAGAAGAAGAAGAAGAAGAAGAGUUGAUGGUUUAUAAUGUCUAUAGGUAGGAGGAGAUCCAAGCAGCCGUUUUGGCUGCAGUGCAUGGGAAGGCAGCUAGAAUGCCCAGCGGAACGCAUUAGUUGUGGAAAUGACGGUACAUAGUGUUCUAGUUAUGGCCUCUCAAUCCUGCUUCUCAAAAGGAUUGUAUAUAAUAUACCUCUUGAAUAAGUAGAAACACAUUAGGGGUUCUUUAGCUAUUUCUGUGGAUGGCUGCCAGAGCAUGUGCGCUUAAGAAAUGUCGUCUUUUGAUGCCCCGUCAUCUUGUGGUGGAUAUGUUGCUGUUAACCUAAUCUGCACCAAACAUUGCAAUGGCUAUUUGUUUUCUUUGAUUGGUUUUUCCCAUAAGGUUCCUUACUUUGGUGCCUAGCUAAAACAUUUGAAAAAGGGGGAAAUGUAGACACGGACACACGUGAGGGUACAUUCUUCCCUUGCUUUGGUGAAAACAGAAAAAUCCUGUUUACUCUUGAGAAAGCAUAUAUAUAUAUAUACACACACACACUUUUUAUUUUCCCUUAGCAACAUUUGGCUCGGGAUCAAGUUUGCGGUGAGAUAGAAAGUUAUGGAAAAUGGGAAAAGUGGGGAUUGGAAGAAAAUUUAGGAAGGGGGUUGGGGAAUAUGAACAGGAAAGUACUUUCCUGCUUAUCUGCUGGUGCUGGACAUGUUACGUGGGACACAAAGCUAGGUUGAGGCUUGCUUCCAUCUCCUGGGACUGAAUGAUAGAUCUCCCACGAAAGAACUAGAACAUCUCUUUACAAGUCACUCUCUUUGCCUUCUGGCUUAAAUAGUUCCUCCUGUUCUUUAAGAAAAAGAUGCAUGAGAUAUUAUUAAUUUGUUGCUCUCCCUUUGCAGUAAUGGAACCAAUAUCUGCUUCUUUAAGAAUAAGAUGGCAGCCAUUCAAUUGGCAACAAGUAAGGAGGUCCUGAAUUUGCUUUUUUCUUGUGCAGAAGGGGUGACUUUUAACACUGGAGGGCUAUUUUGCCGCCACAUCUUGUGACUGGGAGAAGGGAGCAGUCUUUAACCUGGGCUUGUGCAUAAGCUGAAUAGAUGGUGAAACCCCCAGUUGUGCCAAUAGAAUACACUGUCCACGGUAACUGGUUGGAAUGAGUCUGAAAGGCCACAAGAAAUGGAUUCUGCCAUCUCUUGGCAACACAAUAAGCACAAGCCUCAGUCUCCAAACAACAAAGAAUGGGGCCCAAAGGCCAUAUCUUGCCUGUUCUUCUUUCUAACUUAAAUUCCAAAACUUGCACAAAAGCAAAAUAGGAAAUUUCUCAUUGAAUCCCAUAAAUGCUUCCAGAGAUAUUCCUCUGUCUUGCUGCCUCAGCGUCCUGGAGACUCAAGGAAGGACAGGGAUUGACUGAGCGAAAUCUUCCACCUUCCAGAUCUUUCUGCUAUCUUUUUUUGUUUUAAAGGGAGGUUUCAGAAAAAGUGUGCACGACCAGUAACAUUCAAGACAAAUCCUGCAAUGCUUAUUCUUAAGCUGGCUUGAUUUUGGCAAUGUUCUUCCUAUAGAGCCUUAUAACUGCGAUUAGUCAUGUGACAGAAAGCAAAAAGCAAGCAAGCAAACCCUGUUUGAGUCCAAAUCUAUCAGGUAAAAGUGUUUUGAUAAUCUGAAUGCUUUGGACAUGAAGGAUAUUUUAGCUUCCCAGAAAGCAUUGUAAUUCUGAUCUGAUCUUGGCUGAAAAAAUGUUAAUAAACUUAACAGAAUGAAUGUGAUUGCACAUGCAUAUGUAUAUAUGUGCAUAUGUAUUAAUGUGUUUUAAAACUGGUUUUGAAACUCAUCAACUGCAUAAUAUGUACAUUAUCUAGAUAAGCUGGGAAGUGUCUACCUAUGGUCACAUCCACACACCAUACAUUUAAAGCACUCUUAUACCACUUUAACAGUCAUGGCUUCCCCUGAAGUAUCUUGGGGACUUUAGUUUAUUAAGGGUGCUGCGAGUCGUUAGGAGACACCUCGCAGAGCUAAAGGUACAGCACCCCUAAUAAACUACUGUUCCCAGGAUUCUUUGGGGGGAAGCCAUGGCUGUGAAAGGGGUAUAAGAGUGCUUUAAAUGUAUGGUGUGGAUGUGACAUAUAGGCAGAAAGAUCCAUCAAUAUUUGGUGGGGCCUAGAAGAAGAUCCUGCUAGGACAUAUAGCCACAGAAGGAUUCUUACACGUAUGUAUCCUUACCAGAAUGGGGACCCAUGUGUGCAGCUCAAUCAGCAGCUGAGACUGUGUGCCCAUUGCAGGGGGCAGGCUAAAUUCUGCCCUGCGCACUCUCUCUCCUUACCAAACAGCUUACUGGUGGGAUUAUAGAUCUAUUUACAACACUUUCACCACGCAAGCUCACAUGCUGUAUGCAUUCUGUUGGUUGGGGGCCUAUACAUUUAAGAUGCUCUCAGAUUAGUUUGACAAACCCUGCCCCCCGUGCUAAAGUACUUUUGCCAGUGUGUUAAGAAUUCUUUGCAUAUUAUUACCACCACCAUUUAAUUAUUUCAGGGUGAGAACCUACAAAAAUGGCAAGUGGCAGGCACCAUCUUAGACUAUGCAUAUACUUUCACAAACAGUCCAUACUGCUUCUAAGAUUGUGUCCUCCACGACAUGUGAGAAAAACAAACAAGGUAUUUUUCAAUCCAUGGCAUUGCUUUAUUCAUAUGCAAUUUUAUGCACACUGCAAUGAUAAAUGAAUCAAUUAGUUGGAUAAAAUUCAUGUGGUUAACCAACUCAUUGCUUUAAUUGGGUGGCAGCCUGGAAAAAUAACACUAAAAAUAACUGCUCCUCUGAAAAUAUAAAUUUCAAGGAAACAAUACCAUUGUUGCAUUGAGAAAUCCCAAGCAAUCUCUCUUAGAGAGAGAGAGAGAGAGAGAGAGAGAGAGAGAGAGAGACUUAUUAUUAGGUUUAACUAAACAAGCCUAGGGUCCUACUGGGAGGAAGGGCAGGAUAUAAAUCAAAUCAAAUCAAACCCAAUCCAUAAUAAAUAAAUCUAAUUGAUUAAGGUACUAAAGCUGCAGAGUUCACUGACUAUGAUUCUUGUAGGAAAAGCCUUUAUCGCCUUGAAAGAAUAAAUAUUUCAAUCCGCUUGUCACAGGAGGCAGUGAUUUAAGUAAAUGCUCACCCUUUCUCUGCCUUUCACCCGGCAGUCCUCUAAGAGGAUCAAAAGAGAUAAGCAGGAUUCCAUUUGCUUUUAUGCAUAUGUAAUGCUCUAGUCUAGGGCAAGCAAGGAAAAAAUAACAAGCUUUCUCUUUUUUGUUUUCAUUUUUCUACCACCUAAAAAACUUCAGUACCAGUGGAAGCCCAUAAAUGUUUGCAGAAAUGUUUAUUCUAAGUUCAGUUUUUCUUGCCAUUCUGCCCCCAUUCUCAACAACUGCACAUUACCUCUUCUGUGUUUAGCUCCUUUGUGCUGAUGCCUUUUUUUUAGCACUUAGAAUCUUUAUAAACAUUCUGUGACCUCACUGCAGCUCAGCCAGUGGCUAGGCAUCACUUGCCGCUAACUGCUAGGUUUGUAUUGAAUCCCUCAGUUUUUAUAACUGGUUUUUGUUCUUGUCAGUUUUUUGAGGCGGUCUUGAAGAACUACAAUUAUCCAGCAAAACUUCCAAUUUUUCCUCUUUCUCUCUCUUAAUUUAUUUGCAUAUUAUUAGCAUUCCGCAACAAUGGUAAGGGCCCUUCAACAGAAUCAAGGUGGAGACCUCAGUUCAAAAAGACAAGCAGGGAGAAAUGGCAAAUGAGAGGGGUAGAGAUGGACAAGGAAACUCCAUUAGCACCUCCUUCCCCAGCAGUUCUUCUCUUUUUCCUUGGAAGGGGUUGUGACUGUGCAAAGUCUUAUUACCCAUAUUUCCCUGGGCAGAAGGAGAGGAGGGUGGUUUCCUUACAUCUGUCAGCUUUCCCCAUUGGAAAGUAAGGAUGGUACAGUGUUGGUGAGGAAAGCUCUUGCAGUGGUUUCAGAGACUGGCUGAUCAGUGUCCUCAAACUUAGGUUGGUCCACUGUUACUUUUCACCCUUUUCAUCCCUUUUCUCUGGCCGUGUUUUCCCCCAGUCUAAUGGAAGGAGAAUGAGAUCAUUCCCAUUGCCUUGCAAUGGAAGGAAUUUCUCCCUUGACAAGAGCCCAGGAGAGGAAGGCACUGAGGCAUAUAGAAUCAGU